CGUUCCAUUAAUUUUGCCACAACGUCGCCAAGAAAAAAAAGGUUGCAAUUGAAAUCAUAAAUCAGAUUGAAAUUACUGUGCAAAAAGCGUUUAAAGUGCUGUUAGUACAAGUAAAUCGAACGUAAGAGAAGUACCGGUCAACAAAUAGUACAAACCUUACGAGAGCUCAAUCAACAGACAUCUGGUAGUUUAUUCUACUUUCAUUCCACAUGCGAAGUGUUGGUAAGUAAUCUACUGAUGUAACGUUUCGUAGAGUAGUCUACGAAAUGGUGAUCUACAUUCUGAUGACAUUGUUGAUGUUUGGGUCUACAUUCGACCAAGUGGUAACAUGAAGGGCGACACACGAAGAGGUCGAGGCGGGGGGACGCAAAAUGACCCUCGGAGCUCCGUCGUGCCCGUCAUUGGGCGAAGCGGCGUGUCGGUGUGUCGUCGUGAAAUGGAAACGGGUCGUUGUUCCUCGUGCUUUGAUGCACGGUGGUGUAGACCAAUUAGUUAUCAUUUGUAGAGGAGGGCGGUCCAUUAACUCGUCUCAUCUUGCUGUUCAACCGCAGCAAGGACACAGCCUGCGCCGUUCGAUCGCUCAUAUUCGCCGUUGUUUUUUUUUCGCGCUGAAAGAGUAAAAAAAUUUCACCAAAACAGAAAGAGUAGCGUUUCAAUUGCUAUUCAAAACAAUACAGGCACAAACAAACGAUCAAACAAAAAGAAACUUGCAAAAUGGGCAAAAAAGCAGGUCGAGAUCCCGGCGCUCCAAAGCGCAAUAUGAGUGCGUAUCUUCUGUAUCAAAAUGCCAUGCGCGAAGACUUUAAGUCUAUCAAUCCCGGCAUGACAUUCGGUCAGCUGGCCAAGUACACAUCCGCUAUGUAUUCGGAGCUUCCUCCCGCCGAAAAGGAAACCUGGGUGCAACGGGCAGAAGCUGACAAGGCUCGUUACUUGCACGAGCUUGCGAACUAUGUGGCUCCACCUGGAUACGAUCCCAAGGGGGAUGCAAUUGUUUCCACUCUUCAAAAGACCGGUCGCAAGGGCAAACGUAAGUUUCUUCUCAAGCUCGGCAACUAGAUGGAAAAUAUUGGUUCUUUAUCUCCUCAUCUCAUUCUUUGUAUCAAUUUGCCGUGUGCUAACUAUCUUGGAUUGCUUCUCUCUGCUAAAUACCGAUGCAGCUGGUAAGUUUUUACUUGUUGAUACUUGUUGAAAGCUAAAGCACAAAUUAUAUUAACUUCAAUUGAUUGUGCUCCGAUGUGAUAAAUUAAUUUCAAUUGGAUAUUUCAAUGAAUCUCAACUCUCUCUCAAAAAUUAUCAUCUCAUAAAAUGUAUAGAAAAAGAUCCCAACGCUCCGAAGAGG